AUUAAAUACCAUACAAAAACCUCCAAAUCAAAAACAAAUUCUUAGAAUCAACCAGUCUUCAUUUUUUUUCCAAGCAUGGCUCCAAAUCCCAAGGUGUACUUCGACAUGACGAUCGGCGGCCAACCCGCGGGUCGGAUUGUCAUGGAGCUUUUCGCCGAUGUCACUCCUCGAACCGCCGAGAACUUCCGUGCCCUCUGCACUGGCGAGAAGGGUAUCGGCCGUGGCGGCAAGCCACUCCACUACAAAGGCUCCAAGUUCCACCGCGUGAUCCCCGAAGUCAUGUGUCAGGGAGGCGACUUCACCGCCGGGAACGGAACCGGCGGUGAAUCCAUAUACGGAGCUAAGUUCGCUGACGAGAACUUCAUCAAGAAACACACCGGACCAGGCGUUCUGUCCAUGGCGAACGCCGGUCCCGACACGAACGGAUCCCAGUUUUUCAUCUGCACGGCUAAGACCGAGUGGCUCGACGGAAAGCACGUGGUGUUUGGACAGGUUGUUGAAGGCAUGGACGUGGUUAGAGCCAUCGAGAAGGUAGGUUCUAGCAGCGGAAGGAUUUCGAAGCCUGUUGUUAUUGCUGACUGUGGACAGAUUUCUUAGUGGAUACAUUGUUCGUGUCUUUGAGUUUGGUGUUUGGAUUGUGUUUCAUUUCCAUGUACUUGUCUUUUGUUUGUUCUGGAUUAGGGUUUUGGUGGUUCUUGAAGAACUCGUUUUCUGAUGAGUUGCCAUAAAUAAAAUAAAUAAUGUACACUCUAUUUACCAUCAUAUUUGAGUAUUUAUUUAAAUAAGUUUUAAUUUGAUUGCU